AAAGAAAUAAAUCGAGUACAAAAUAUUUACGAGUAUUAUUGUAGGCCUAGCGCAAAUAUGUUUCGCCAAGUGUUACAGUAUUCUGCGUGUAAUUUCUAUAAACAUUUGGUUUCAAAAAUUGGGACUAACAAUAGUGGCUUAACAAAUUCUGUGCGGCAUACUAGUUUUUUUAACAAGUUAUCGGCUGAUGAAAUUUGGCGUGGUGUCACUUCAGUCAGUAAUGCUGGCAAGAAAAGGGGCAGAGGAAAGGGUUCUGGUAAAAAAAUAGCAAAGGAUCUGAACAGAGGUCAGACAAUAGGUGUCGGAACCAAAGGUUUUCUAUGGCCUGGAUUAAAUGCUCCCAUCGUCAGAGGAAAGGCUUUAACGCAGCACGAAAGCUUACCUGAAAAAGUUGAUAGAAAUAUUAAUCAAAUUCGGGACCAAAUGAGCAGUUAUCGAAUGAUGAAGCUAAGCCCAAUAGAUCGUGGCUGGUCUGGAGCAAAAAUGCCUGGUCGAAGCAUUGGACCACCAGACGCGAUUGGUGAAGAAAAUUUUGAUAACUUCGACACAAGAGUGCUUGAAAAUAAAAUUGUAUUUAUUAUGAAAGGAAAUAUGGGGAGAAAGAGGCGCUACUCCGUUCUCUCAGUUACUGGAAACGGACAGGGUUUGGCUGGUUUCGCUGUUGCUAAAGCGCCUGAAGUUCGAACUGCUUUAAGAAAAUCCAAAAAUCGAGCAGCUCAAAAAGUUAUGAAAAUAAAUCUCUGUGACGGGCAUACAGUAUUUCACGACUUUUCUUCUGCAUUUGGGCAAACAAGGAUAUUUGUAGAAAGAAAACCUGAAGGCUAUGGGUUAGUUUGUCACCGUGCAAUACAAACCAUUUGCAAAGUUAUUGGAAUCCAAAAUUUACACGCCAGAAUAGAAGGCUCAACAAAUUUGCAGCACAUAGUGAAAGCAUUUUUUUUGGGUUUACUGCAACAGAAAACGCAUGAGAAAAUCGCAGGAGAAAAACAAUUGCUUGUUGUAGAGUUUCGUAAUGAAACUGGUCUGCAGCCACGAAUUAUAGCAAAGCCAGAUUAUUGUAGAACACCAAAUGAAAUCGAAAGAAAUGAGAUUUUGGACUAUACUCAAUAUGUUUUGGGUGAUAAAAUUAUUUUAAAUAAGAAGAAAUUCCCCCCAUUUUAUGUGAAUACCAAAGGAUACGAAUUGUACAAAAGGAGAGCGGAACAAGUGCGAAAUCAAGUGAAGCUACGCAUUAAUAUGCACGCAUUUAACAACGGUCUUCAAUACUUUGAAUAAUUUUUUUGAUUUAUUUUAUUAUAUGGUAAAAAUAAAAUGAAAAAUGAGACAAGA